GCCGUCCCUGGCCAGCGAGAGACCCCCUUUUGCGUUGCGCUUUUGCAAACCUUUUCUUUUCCAGUUCUUCGCAACUCCCCACCUAUAUAUCGUCGCCUCACUCCAAUUCGGCGGCUCCAACUCCGUCGCUGCCUCCCUCUGCUGUUCAUCGAGAGACGCCGGCAGCGGAUCACGGCGGCGCCGGCUGGCCGACAAGAAGCACCCAGAGGCAGAGGCGGCGGCGGCAGCAGGCAGGAAGCAGAGAGGAGCAAAUCCAAGGGAGGGAGAGGGAGAGCAUGGAGUGCUCCAUCUCGAGGACGAAUCUGAAUUGCAUCAGCCUGGCGGACCCGGACACCCAGAAAUCGGUCGCCCUCCUCAAGCAGGCAUGUCUGGAUUCAGGCUUCUUCUAUGUGGUGGAUCAUGGAAUAAGUCAGGAGUUAAUGGAUGCUGUUUUUGCCCAGAGCAAGAAGUUCUUUGACCUUUCCACUGAUGAGAAAAUGAAGCUUCUCCGGGAUGAGAAGAAUCGAGGCUAUACACCCAUGCUAGAUGAGAUUCUUGAUCCUGAAAAUCAAGUGAAUGGUGACUACAAGGAAGGGUAUUAUAUAGGUGUCGAGGUAGCAGAAGAUGAUCCACAAGCAAACAGACCAUUCUAUGGUCCAAAUCAGUGGCCUUCCGAUGAGGUAUUGCCAAGAUGGAGGAAGGUGAUGGAACAAUAUCAUAGUGAGGCACUGAGAGUGGCAAAAUUGGUUGCAAGGAUUAUUGCUCUUGCUCUAAACCUAGAAGAGGACUUCUUUGAUAAACCAGAAAUGCUUGGGGAGCCUAUAGCCACAUUAAGGCUCCUGCAUUAUGAAGGUGGACAAAAAACAGAUCAAGUCUCAAAUCCUGCAAAGGGAGUUUAUGGAGCAGGUGCCCAUUCUGAUUAUGGCCUAAUCACUCUCUUGGCAACCGAUGAUGUAGUUGGUCUCCAAAUAUGCAAGGACAGGAAUGCUCAGCCCCAAGUAUGGGAAUACGUAGCUCCUGUAAAAGGUGGUUUUAUUGUCAAUCUUGGUGAUAUGCUUGAACGGUGGAGUAACUGUAUUUUCAGGUCAACCUUACAUCGAGUGGUAUUAGAUGGACGAGAACGUUAUUCUAUUGCCUUCUUUGUGGAACCAAGCCACGAUUGCAUUGUCGAGUGCUUGCCAACCUGCAAAUCCGAGUCGAAUCCUCCAAAGUUUCCUCCAAUCACUUGCUCGGCAUACCUGUCGCAGCGGUACAAGGAUACACAUGCCGAUCUAACCGCUUACAGCAGCAACAAGGCGUAGAAGGCGACGCCCCCAUUUUGAUCUCCACCCAGCUCCGAGUAAAUAAGAUGUAGAACCUGAAAUAAUAAUCCCAUAGGAUGGAUUAUGGUAUUGUACUAAUCCCAGUGUAACCCCAGCCUUAUAGUGAUAUACCAGUGGUCAGUGUUCAUGAUUCA